UCCAAGUCAAAUCAAUGAUGUCGUUCCAAGUAGCAACUCUUGUAGCUUUGCUAGCGAUCGGGGCUUUUGCCAGGCCCCAGCAGCAAACCUUCUCCCACGAGGGUAUCGGCUACGCCGUCCUGAACCACACGGUACAACCGGUACCCGACGGUUGUACCAUCAACAGCGUAAUAGACGUCGCCUCGGUUGUAGCCGCUUGCACCACAAUCAACGUCGGCUCUUUCGUCGUACCAGCCGCCAAUCAACCGCUAAUCAUGAAUCUCAAACAAGGUACCACUUUGACGUUUACCGGCCAAAUUAAUUUUGCCAAACACGCGUUCAAGGGGUACCUGAUGGAAAUUAUGGGUGCUAAAAUCAAUGUUGUUGGAUCAAACACUCACCAAUUGCACGGACACGGCGAACAGUACUGGGACGGUAUAGGUGGUGCCGGUAGCCCCAAACCCACUUUCUUGUACCUCAAAGGAACCGGCGGUUCUCAGUUUACAGGCUUACACAUCAAGAAUUGCCCGGAAAGGUGUGUAGCUAUCGAUGGUUCCAACGACAUUACGGUUUCUGGAUUUUUGGUUGAUAACCGCGAAGGAGCACCUGGUAAGGCACCCAAAGGCAAAGAAGGUCACAACACGGACGGUUUCGACGUGGCCAAGACCCAGUACCUCACUCUGAAAAACAACGUCGUCUACAACCAAGACGAUUGCGUCGCCAUCAACAAUGGCGCCCACAUGACCAUCGACAACCUCAACUGCGACGGCAGUCACGGCUUCGAUAUCGCCACCGGUAUGUCGACCACCGACCAAUCCCAGAACAUGGUCAACAACAUCACGUUCAAAAACUCGAAAUUGUUCAACGGCAUGUACGGUUUGCACAUUCUGACUUGCAACGACGGCGGCAGAGGAUACGUUAAGAAUAUCAACUAUCAAAAUAUCGUUUUCAAUGGUCCAUCCGAUUAUGGUAUAAUGGUCCAACAAGAUUUCUCCAACAAGGCGCAACAUUCCACCAAUCAACCAACUGGUAACGUACCAAUUUCCAACGUCCAGUACAACGGGGUUACCGGUACCAUGAAUGGAAAGUUCUCGUCGGCUUUGACCAUCAGAUGUGCUUCGGGUGCCUGUUCUAAUAUUGGCCUUAAUGGUGUCAAGAUUACAGGAGCUAGAGCUCCUAAUAAAUGUACUGGAUACAAAGUCAAUGGUUGGUGUUAAUUUGAUCAAAUGUAAUUUAAUUUAAAUAAAUAAAUAUUACCAUGUUUAUACUUCCCGUUAAACCGUCUUAACAGAAAACGUUUUACUAUAAAACGCUUGUAUAAACA